GAGGAGACUGGAGUUCAUAUUCAGCAUUGAACAACUUGCAGUUCUUCUCAGAGGUAGUCUUAUUUGCCUAGAGAGGGCGAGACUGUGAAAGACUGAGUUUGUCACCAGCAACCUGUAGGAGAUGCUGCAGUGCAGGUCUAUACUCCUUGACUGAGGCCUUUUUGCCAACUUCAUGAGAUUAAAUCACCCUCUGAUUGUGGGUGUCUCUCUCUCUUAUGUAGUACCUCUUGAUUUUUUUCCAAGCUGGACUUAAAUGCCUAUAGGUUGAUUAACAGGCUUUCAAACUGGUCUGUGAUCCAACAAAAGGCUAAACGAUCUAGACUGCAUACCCCUGGUUCUAAGUGCAUCUUGCUGAGCCAGCUGGCCUGGAUUUUCUUUCUUGGUGUAGAACUCUGAGGAAUAGAGCAUCCACUUCUGGAUCGAACAAGGCUGCUUCUCUUCAGGAAGAUGGUAUACAUACAUCUGCUGAAAGUGGAGGGGUGAACUUGACAGUCCAUAGUACAAGACAGAUUAUACUCCAUGUCUACUUCUUGAGCUACAUGUCCCACAUUAUAAUGGAAUCCAGUGAGGAAAAUGUUUGGAAACUUUGUGAAUACAUCAGAAGCUAUGAUCAAUACCCUUUAGAAGAAUUUUAUGCUGUUUUCAUAUCCAAUGAGAGAAGGAUGAUACCGCUCUGGAAGCAGCAGUCAGGAUGUGGAGAUGAACCUGUAGUUUGGGAUUACCAUGUUAUUUUACUUCAUGUUGCAAGUGGAGACCAGAACUUCAUUUAUGAUCUUGACACAGUGUUGCCAUUUCCAUGUCCAUUUGACACUUACAUUGAGGAGGCUUUUAAAUCAGAUGAUAUUCUUCUUCCAGGAUUUAGAAGAAAAAUCAGACUGAUUCGAGCAGAUUUGUAUCUGAAGACAUUUGCUUCUGACCGAUCUCACAUGAAAGAUGCCAGUGGACACUGGCAGAAGCCUCCUCCUUCCUACCCUUGCAUUGAAACUGCAGAUACACAGCUGCUCCUCUGCAACCUUUACCUAAUGAGGCAUUGGUUCAAUAAUGACUCAGAAGGCAGAGGACAGCCUACAGCCAUUACCAAUAUAACUUCCUGUACCAUUUGCAAGAUUGUCAACUUUAAUGAUUUUAUCACAAGCCUCAUGAUAUUUCCAUUACAACCCCAGCUUAAUUAAUUAAAGUUGGAAUCAGGAGAUUGUAUGAGAAUCUCACUUUCAAUUUUUAAAAAUUAAAGUUUCUAAUCCUGAUCGUUACCUAACUGCAGAUUCUCUCCCGCUGCUCUGAUCAUGUCUCCAGAGCCUCCCUUUUCUUGAAUCUCAGUACUUGGCUUCCAGUAGUCUAUAUGCUGCACAGUCAAACUUCCCACUUUCAAAGAGUAACCUUUGAGUGGACUAGAGUUUACUUCACUGCCCUUCUCCUAAUGC